AUGGCUCACGAGCUGCCUAAACUGGACGCGGGUAGGUUUGGUGAUGAGGCCGCGCUGAGAAACGCGAACCCUGACGAGAUUGGGGCCGCGCUCGAACAGAACAUGGGUGGUGACUGGAAGAUGGUGGAGAGCGACGAGCAGUGGUUCCACGGCCCUGAGACGAAUCCGUGGCGCUUACGCAAAUACGUGACCUUCCUCGCGAACGAGACAAUCGCGCAGGCGGACAGGAUGGCCACACUCAAGCGGCCGCAGAAGACCUUGAAGAAGAGACGCCAGUGCACCCCGGCAAUGCUGAUGGGGCGUCUCAAGGCUUUGAACCUGCUCAUCAAGCUGGACGGGGCCAUCUUCAGGAAGCCCGUUCUGAACCUGCUGCGCGACUUUGCGGAGUGUCGCAUCUGGGUCCGCGUUCAAGUACGCGACCAAUACAAGCGGUUUAUCGCGACGGGCAAGACAAACAAGGACUUCUCGCUUAACUACAUAUCUGCUGUGAGGCACAUCGAUUGGACGAUGUGCGCGGUCGGAGCCACGCUGCUGUGGCUGCACUGGGUGUACGACUUGGUUCCCAUCCUCUAUGAGGACAUAGCUCCCCCUCUCGACUUCACGGAACCCUCCACGUGGUACGAUCAAUACCUGUUCUUCCCCCUUCGCGCGGGCAACGAGAAGCAAAUACCGCCCACGACUCAUCACGACUGGGCGGCGAAAAUACUCCAAGACGCGGGAAUCACAUGCUCGCGUGCGGUACACGCGACCAGGGCUGGGGGGGCGCAGCACGCGUCCGCGGACGGAAUGCCUUCGGAUCAGCUGGCGAGGCUGGGGGGUUGGCGCUUCAUCGACGUGAUGACUAAGCACUACCUCACAACCAUUCCAAGGGAGGCCGUGCUGCUAAAGGCGGGCUUCACCGGGGUUGACGGUGACUACUUCCUGGGUCGCGCAACUGUUCCGGUUAGCGAUAAGCUGGAUGAGCUACUGAGGAAGCACAUUUUCCCAUGGGCCGCCGCGGACAAAGGACAGCAACAAUGCAAGGAUUACAACCGCAGGAUGGUGAAAACGCAGAAGCCGGAGAACCAGGACACCGCGGGGCUAAACAUACUGAAGGAGCUGGAUGGGGACGCUAGGAUGGCGGUCGCGCAAGACCUGGCGAUGUAUUACAUCCACCAGCCGCGACACCCGGUGGAGCAAGGAGACGACAUCGCGGUAGUGCUCGACAAGCUCGACCUCAUGUCAGGUGCUGUGGGCAUGUCGGGUGUAUCGGAAGGGAUCGCGGUAAAGAAGAAGAGUGUUGACCUGGAACUGAGCCAGCUGAAGAAGGGUUCUCCGGUGGAGGUGCAGUUGCGUGUGAAAUGGAUGCUUGUUCGCGACCGUCUCAUCAAUGCCUCACUUCCCGCUUCUGAGUUCACAGUCGCGUGGCCCCAGUACUGUGCGCUGAUGCCGGACUUGCAGUGUUGA